CCGUCAGAUGUCAACAUGGCGUCGGGGUACAUAUUAAAUCGUGGAGUACUUACAUUAGGCAUUCACAGUCAGCGUGUUUGCAGGAACAUAGCACUAACACAGGUUAGAGAGAAGAAACGAUGGAUGAAAGCUUACACAUACCUCAUGGCAAAGAAGCUAAAGCUCGAAGGACCUCCAGCUCCGACGCCACGGUCCCAACAGCCCAACUGGGAUUAUCAUGCUGAGAUUCAGGCUUUCAGUAACCGCCUCCACGAGAACUUCUCCCUUGAGCUCCUGAAAACAGCCUUUAUCAACCCCUGUUACCUGCAGGCGGAGCAAGUGAGGAGGCAGGAGUUAGGCGUGGGCUCUGAAACCAUUGCUCUUGUUUUGAAAGACAACAUACAGCUGAGUAAAAAGGGAGUAGAUUUCACCAAAAGAUUCCUGACUGACUGGUGCAGGGCCAGCUUCCCCAGCCUGCCAAAUGAGGGAGUGGAUGGUGUUGUAGGGCACCUCACCAGUUCAGCGGUCAUCGUCUAUGUAACGAGAAAUCUUGGCAUAGAGGACCUAACAAUGAGUGGGGAGUGCCCUGUCUCUGAUGAUGUGCUGUACUCUACAUUCAUGGCGGUUAUUGGAGCUCUACAGGAGAGCAGUGGUGAAGAGCGAACAGGAUUUUUCCUCAGGGAUUUCUUGACCACUCAGCUGAUAGGGAAGGACCUAUUUGAUAUGUGGACAGUCGUCAACCCAAUGGGACAACUGGUGGAGGAGCUCGCUAAGAGGAGUAUUCCUCUGCCUGAGCCUCGCCUCAUCAGGUCUGCUGGAGCCAGCACCGUUUUGCCAUUAUACUUUGUUGGCCUGUACAGCGACAAAAAGCUUCUGGCUCAGGGUCCAGGAGAGACACUCAUGGCAGCUGAGGAUGAAGCAGCGCGCGUUGCCCUCCGAAAACUCUACGGCUAUACAGACAACCGUACACCUUGUGACUUCUCUCCACCGCAGCAGCAUCAGAAGCCCUUAAUUCAAUCAGUCCUUAGCAAUUAAUAAAGAAACAAUGCUUUUGCUCACUUUCCCGGAGUGUUUCUGUUGGGUAUUGAAAUGCCACCUCGUACAUCAAGCAAAUGAAAGCCUUAUAGGCCACAUAAAAGAUAAUAAUUAUGAUACCAUAUUUAAGAGUAAACUGGUCUUACAGCUUACCUGGGUGUUAACAGGAAAGUCUCGAGGCCCGUGGAGCUGUUAUGUUUUUUCCUUGUAAAUAACUCAUCUGCUCAAGUCUCAGCAUUCUGUUAUGUUUUUAGUGUGUAUUAAAAUUUUUGGAAUAUA